AUGACUCUCAGAGUAGCAGAAAAGACCUCGAAAACAAUCAAAUCUGAGUCCCCAUUGGCAGACGGCUUUAAUCCCACACCCGGAAACUCUUGGGGCGUGGAAAUCUCAAAUAGGGCCAGUGAGACCGACAAACUGCGCCAAAAGGUGGAACAGAUGAACGAGAAGCUUGACAAGUUGCUCAAGCAGAAUGAAACAUACCACGCGACAAGUGAGUUCGGAGGAACUGGUCAGGACGAUACCUAUAAUAAAUCUGGCUGGCCAGCGGACCCGAAUGACGAAUACUUGGGGCAGGCUGUAGAGGAUGAUGGCUGUCAAGAUGCCUACUGCGAACACUCGUGGACGGAAGAGGAUGAAAUGCCGGAGCUGGAGAAUGUGAACGGUGAUUCAGGACUCGGGCACGAGUGGACAGCUGAAGAUUCGUGGGGGUUGGGGCGUGCGCAUGAUGAUUCAGGACUCGGGGACGAGGUUGCUUUGACUGAGACUAACGUUGAAGCCGAUGAGUUACGCGACCAGGUGAAAUGUCUUCAGGCGAGGUUGGCUGAUCUAUUGGCCGAGAAUACUCAGCUAACCAUGAAGGUUAAGGAGCUCGUAGGGGAAAGGGACGAUUUAAUUCCAUCAAGGAAUUGCUUCCUCUCACUCUACAAGUGCCAGAAGCUUCAACGUGCUCUGACUCUAGAUGAAUGCGAACAUCUUGUCCAUGCAAGCACCAAAGUCGCGAGUGGGGACGUCAUGGCUGACAGCGAGCUGUAUAUCUCAGGGGAGCGGAAGGACUACGAUGUCUUCGUGGAUCUGUAUGGAGUAGAUCCGCAUGCUGUUCCUUCAGUGUUGAAGGACCAGCACACGAUCGAACUGGUGAACGCGCACGCUACUAUCUUGGCCUCGAAGCACAAGACCUACACAUCAAAGUUUGAGGAGCGUUUUGCACGCUUUAUCACGAAUCUUCGGCGCACUGGCUAUCCGGAAGACUAUCUUAUCGGGUUCAUGGACGAUGUGGGUAUUCUGGAACUACAGGCAAGCUACACAGCUUUCAGGAAUGCCCUCCUUACUGAGGUCAGCGACGCUUUAAAGGCCGAGGUAAUGAAUGACCCGGUAAACUCAUGGUAA